AGGCAAAGGCAGGCAACUAGAGACACCUAGACAUUUAGACACCUAGUGACCUAGUGACCUAGCGACCUAGCGACCUAGACGGCUAGCCACCAAUAGCCACCAAUGGCCCUCGUACAGUAGCAACAAGACUACUGUAGCUAACUCCCAAAUCGAAGCCAAACACGAUGCACGAAGCGAAGCGAUGCGAGGCGAGGCGAGAGGCAGGUGCAAAUCAAAUCAAAUCAAAUCAAAUCAAAUCAAAUGGGACAGCUCUCCCUCUGCUCCUCCCUCUGACCAGCGCCCCCCGGAUCUGACUUCCCUCCUCACUCAUCCAGAUCACGGCCAUGGCAAGAUCAUGCCGUCUCCGCCAUAUUUCUGUAAGGUUCUGUAAAACUCUAAAAAAGGGCACUUGGUGGGUUUGGGUUAGUAAACUUGGUCAUGGACCCUCUCUGGCCCUCCUCCCUCGUUCUCGCCCUGAUCAUCGCACCAGCCCGCUACCCCUACACACUACCCUUACGCUACCCUUCCAUUACGCUACGGCUACGGGGACCCACGCCCACGCUCGUCUUGCCCUCCUCUCACUCACCCAUACCUAACCUACACGCCCCCCCUCCAAAUUUCUCUUCUCCCACCCAUCCCACAUCAUCUCUCUCAUCCCUGGAUUUCGUUCUGCAGUCCUUUGCGUCAAGUUGUUUCUCGUGGAUCUCUCUGGCCUUGUGUUCUUCGUCGACCUUUGUUUUCGAAUUUGCUGCUUUCUCUCGGGAUUCCAGUUCUUCCAGCAUAGUGAGUGGCCCGCAUCAAAUUUCUGUGAAAGUCCUGCCCCGGUGGUCGUGGUGGGUGAUGGUCCUGGUGCUGCGCUUCUACCGACUGCUGGCUGGCGCAACUGGGCACAUGCCGGAGCCGCAAAUCGCAACCCAUCGUCACCAUCACAAUCCCAACAGAUAUCCUGACUCUCCCGAUACCCCUCAUUGUUUGCACGUUGGGCUGGCCAUGGACGCCAACAACGUUGCCAUCAUCGAUAUUGUUGCACAUGACGGAGAGCUUGCACUGUUGAGGAAAGUGCAUUGGUGCUUCUGGCGCAUUCUCUUGGAAUCGGUUCGCGAUUCUCAGCAAUGCGCGUUUGUUGGCAAACCAGGCGCUUACCCUACCAAUACAUGCGAACAGUUCAUCCGUAGAACUACAACUGCGGGCACAGUGCUUUACAGUUCUUUGAUCUCAUGCGGGGCGACAAUUGACUGACAUUUGCUCUGGUCGCAGAUUUGAAUUCAUCCCUAGCGACCAUCCCAUCCCUUCCAGCGAAAUCCUAUCUUUACCGCUCUCACUCUCUCGAAUUUUUGCAGGCGCAAGCGUUGUCGUAAUCUCGAGGCGAUUAGUUUUUGCGGUCUUGCUUCCAACUCAUCUCCGCUGCACCUUACGACUUUCACGAAGGCGGUUUUAAAUAUCUUCAAGCAGGUGUUGGAUUUCUGAGGUGAGCCAUUACCGUCUAUUUUCUCUAUAGCCUGUCAGCGGAGGUCCUUUCAUAAGCGCAAAAAAUGGAAGAUUGAGGCCCAAGACCUACACACCAACUGCUCAAGAUUGAUCGAUGGAUUCAAAGAGUACCUGUUAUUCGCCCAACCCAUGAGCUCACUUUGUCCUUCAAGCCACCGGGACUCUUUCAUAUAGUUCUGGAAAUUUUGCUGGAAAUUUGUUGAGUAUGGGUUGCGUGAAUCGAUUCCACUGUGGCAGUGCCUUUUGGUAAAAUUCUAUGAACGAGGUUUGAAUGCAGAAGCUUCAUAGCCUUUUACCAUUGGACCUCCUUUUUGAAUUUCUUAAGGGAGACGCGUCGGUCUGGAGCCUGAUGUUCCUUUCCGGUCUGAUCUGACCCAUAUGCUCGCUGAAUACGGAUAUCACAUUGUUUGGUAUCAGCAGUGGAGUAUCGAAAGAUGUUUUUCUCUCCCAUGUGUUUGAAUACCUCUGCAGAUGGGGUGAUGCUCCUUAUCUGGGUAGUGAAAUGUGUGGAUAAUUCACACUGUCCUCCUAGUAUGCUCCAUGCAAUUGCAAAAUAUUGCGGAAGCGUAAAUUAAUAGCUUCUUCCAAUAUCUUGAAAUCAUGGCGCUGGAAGCGAAGUUUCGCUUCUAUGGUGGUUGCGAACCCAGCGUAAUUCACCAGAACGUUGAAUAAUUUCGUGGAUAUCUGUUCACGACAUUAUCAAGUGAAUGCGGGGUAUCAGGGGAGCUGGGAAUUGGUGUUUACCUUCACUGCGAGUCACUAUGCUGGGCGAGCGUGGCAGUCUGGCAGCAACGACACGGAGAACGCCUUUGCGCACUCUUCCUUGAUGGUGUUGUCCAGUCCUAUUUCGUAUUGAGUUGCGUCGUAUUCCACACUUCGCAAAGCUAUGCCCCACCGCGGGGUAGUAGCGCUCAAAGAUCAAGUCCAAUCGCGUCACUCCACCCAGCGUCCAAGCUGCAUACUACCUUACGUUGUUUGCAUUCUUCUCCUCUCAGCUUCAGCAUUGAAUCCGUCGCAUGCUGCUAUGGCGAGUUAGCUGGGUUGCAUAUGCAAGAUUCUUGUCUGGCCAACAUAUGGUGGAACCAACUUACAAUAUGAGAGAACUAGCGUACUCUUCAUGUAAGACCAUUCUUUAUCCUCUGGGUGGUGGUGAUUCUACCUGGGGAAGAUUCUGUUCAUCUGCGCGUAUCCUUGACCAGUAAUUUCUUGCGUUGGCCUCCUGUUUUUGCAUCAGGGGGAAAGUCGGCUAUUUGAGCACAGACUCUAAUGUAGCAACUCUAAGUGGUCAAGUGAACAACACCAUCCGUCACUCAUUGAAGCUCUUUUCAACUUUCCCACAAUAUCAUAUGAGCACAAACAAUAGCAUUGUGGGAAGGCCUCACCUUCAUUCCUGAAUUCUGGCGAGUGCACCGUGUCCUCCGGUCCGCGGCCGAUUACCAGGAAGGCAGCCCCACAAUUAGCGCGAUUCGUCAUCUCCUCGACCACCAGGACGUGUUUCGCAACCCCCUCAUUCACACUUCUUCCAUUCACACACAACAACCUCCCGUCUGCGCGAUGACUCCAGUCUGGACAGUCUGACUUGAAAUUUGUGCUGAUCAACGUGAAUAGAUCUUGCGUUUACUUUCGACCUCGUUUCGAUCUUCUUUAAACUUCCAACCUUCCUUCAAACCUCUUUCACAACCACAAGCGUCAGCUUUUACCUUCGUCGCCAUACAACAUGGCCUUCCAAUACGACCCAAACCAACAGGGCCAGUUCCAACAGGAGAAUAACGGCAACGGUAUGCAGCAACAAGGCCCGCCACCACCGCAAGGUCUUCCGCAACAACAGCCUGGCCAGCCACUCAUGCAACAGCAACCAGGACAAGAUGGCGGCUCUCCUGCUCCGUUCGCUCAACAAGGCGGCGUUGAAGGUUCUUCUGGCAGCGUUACUGGUGAUGCAAAGACCACACUCUGGUAUGUACAAUUUCUUUUCUGCUCGUCUCAGGUUCUCUGGGCGCUUCCUUCUUCAGAUCGUGAUUUACUAUGAGUCACGACGCGGGAAAUAAUGAAGUCUCUCGAUCUGCUUGAGUCACUUGCCCCGCACUGGAUUUAUUGCUGACUUGGGCCGUCCAGGAUGGGCGAGUUGGAACCCUGGAUCGACGAAAACUUCAUUCGCUCGGUCUGGUUUGGCAUGGGUGAGCAGGUUAACGUGAAGAUGAUCCGUGACAAAUUUUCCGGGUAAGCCAUCGUCCCUUCCUUGAUCACAUGAACUUUAUUGAUUUGCUCUAUAGCAACGCAGGCUACUGCUUCAUCGACUUCGCUUCCCCCGCUGCAGCAGCUAAGGCUCUAUCGCUCAACGGCUCAAUGAUCCCAAACACAUCCCGACCAUUCAAACUCAACUGGGCUUCGGGUGGUGGUCUAGCCGACAGACGGUCAGAAUCCCGGUUCAUAUUCCUUGACUCGCAAACGCGCUUCCAUACAGAAUCACUGCUAACUGUUUAAUAGUGAUGAUCGUGGUCCCGAGUACUCCAUCUUUGUUGGCGAUCUUGGACCGGAGGUCAAUGAAUAUGUUUUGGUCUCCCUCUUCCAAGCCCGCUUUCCUUCUUGCAAGUCUGCCAAGAUUAUGACCGAUCCCAUCUCUGGCAUGUCUCGUGGCUAUGGAUUCGUCCGCUUCGCUGAGGAACAAGAUCAACAACGCGCUCUUACAGAGAUGCAAGGUGUUUACUGUGGUAACCGCCCCAUGAGAAUCUCCACAGCCACUCCCAAAAACAAGUCUGGUGGUGCCGGCCCAGCUGGUAUGCCUUUGCCAGGUGCUAUGGGUGGUGUUGCCGGUGGUCCUGGUAUGGGUGCCCCAGGCAUGUACUCCAUGGGUGCCCCAACUCCAAUGGGUGCCUACUAUGGUGCUCCUCAACCAAUGAACCAAUUUACUGACCCCAACAAUACCACCGUAUUCGUCGGAGGACUCUCAGGUUACGUGACCGAGGAUGAGUUGCGCUCUUUCUUCCAAGGUUUCGGUGAGAUCACCUACGUGAAGAUCCCACCAGGAAAGGGUUGUGGCUUCGUCCAAUUCGUUCAACGUCACGCUGCCGAGAUGGCUAUCAACCAAAUGCAGGGCUACCCAAUCGGAAACUCUCGCGUUCGUCUCUCCUGGGGCCGUUCUCAAAACAACUCUGGACCUGCCGGCACUCCUUAUAGACCAGCACCCCCACCACCCCAAUAUCAAUCCAUGGGCAUGCCACCAGCUCACAACCCCUAUGGAAACUUUCAACCUUUGCAGGUGAGUUACAGCCAAAUAUAUUUUAAGAUUUCUCGGUGCUAACAUCGCCCCAGUAAAUCAUUCAUACGUGUUUCGCAAAACGGAGUUUGUUCUAGCGUCCAUGGAGUUUUCUGCUCUUGAAUUUGCCUCAUUUUGACGGCUUCACUUCUGCGCGUCCAAUGCCUGGAUAGCUGUUUCUCCUCUUAGCGUUACUUGAAAAGUAUCGGAUGGGUGGGGAUCUGCAUUUUCCGCGAUG